AUGCCGGAAGUCUGUUGGGGCCCCAAAGGCGGCAGCAAGUGCACCACGGACACAUCUACCCGCCCAGGUCCGAGUACGUCGAGCCCGAAUCUACUACCUUCUCCUAAAACGACCGCGACUCCGGCGCUGGCAGCGGCCAGCAAUGAAGAGCCGAAGACAUCAACAACGUUGUCUUGGGCAGCAAAAGCUGCAGGCGCGAAGCCGAACAACAACAAGCCUUUGCCUUCGGGGGAGGUAAUGAUGGCGUCGAACAACCCGAAAAAUCCCCCGAGCCAGCCAAGCAACAAGAUCGCGUCGUAUGCACAAAAGCUCCUCGCAGGAGGACCAGGAGGCCCACCACGUCGGCCGCCACAAGCGAUCGGAAUCAACGACGCGCGGUCGCUGCCGGAGGGAAAGGAAAACGCCGCAGUGCCGCCACCACCACCACUUGCAGUUGCAAAAGCUGGCGCAGCCGGUCAUCCGCCCCGUGGUCCACCAACCCCGAUUGCGCCGCUGGUAAAAAAUGGGAACAAACCUCUUCUGCAAGAUGAACCAAAAGCCCCGAAGAGAGUAGCCCCGGUAUUGCCACCCGGUGCUAAUAAAGCUCUGAAAGGGGCGCGAGCUGCAAACCGAGCAGCUCGCGCUGCUAGUGCAGAAACGGAUCCAGCCACCGCAUCCGCAUCGGGGGGCAAAGGACCAUCGGGACCUUUCUGGAAGAUACCCUCCACUGUUACAACUACAAAUUCUGAUCCUCAACAAGGUGGUGGACACCCCGCGAAUGGUAUCACCACGACCUCCAGCUGCAAGACAAACAGUGGCAAGGGAAAGAACGCCGGAACAAACCGAUCUACUUCGCCCUCACGCUCGCAACAAGGAUUUUUGUGUUCAGAAAAUUCGACGAAGAGCACAAGUUCCGAUUCUCGGUCCUCCGGAGCACCACAACUGACAAGCUCUGCGUCACGGCCCGCAAGUUCGACGAAGCCGCCGGGGGCGCGAGGACCACCGUCCUCGCAUCGCUCCACCUCAACCUGCGCUAGCCCCCGACGAGGACGAACCGAGUCACGCACGAACAAUUUGGCGCCGAAUUAUCAGGAGCAUCUGCUAGAGACGCCAUGGACCUUCUCCUACGCAAAGAAACCGAAUCGCGCACACGCCUUCCGCCCGCCGGUUGCAGGAGGAGGUCGUGGGAACCAAGAAAAUGGAUCCGUCUCCGCGUCGUCGAGAGCAGCUGCAGCAGGAGCAGCUCCAGCAGAGGAUCAAUCGGUUGACGGCGAUGAAAAGAAGGCCGACAGCGCAGGAACAGAGCCAGUAGAGAUAAUAUCCUCCACCUCAAGUAGUUCCUCUGCAGCGGUGGAGCUACCGGAAGAAAAUGUGGCUGGAAGUAGAGGCGCAGGAGACAAGAAAGACCAUAUUGAUGUUGAUCAUGGUGAUUACAGCGCCCCCUCCAAAGACGACGGUAGCGAGAAGGACGAGGCCUCAUGUACACUUUCAGAAGCGGAACCAACGAGCAUCGGAGGGGCAGAGGCAAAGGCAACAGCUGACGUGGCAGGAAACAAACAGGAAGUUUGUUCUGUGACAAGUCAAGAAAGUCAGCCGCAGCCCGAGGACGAUACGCGCGACCUGGUUGUUGACGACCUAUUUGAAGGCCACGAAGACAUUGAUACUGACAGUGACGCCUGUGUUCGUGACCUUGACCGCCUGCCUAUCUUCGCCGCUACACCGUCUACAGUAGCCGCCGAUGAAUCGCCACUGCAAGUAGAUGGCUGUAGAAGUUCCGGCAAAGCAUAUGACGAACAACUGCCUUCAUCUGCACCUCCAAUGGUGGAUGUUGGAGGGGGGCAAAACGGGAAGAUGAACGAGUGCGAAACUGCCACUGCCAGUACGUCUGCGAGUUCGUUUGCGCGGGUAGGUGAGGUGACGCUCGGUUGCCCAUCGACGCCAGCCCGGAGCGGCGCGACAGGUGCAACAGACGAAACUCAGGUAGCGGAGGUACAAGUAGACAAGGCGCAGCCAAAAGCAUCAAAACCGGUCAGUGACGAGCUUGUUGAAGAGGAAGUUGCUUCCCUGCACCAGCUUCCCGACCCGCGACUCAGCGCAGGAGCGCCGGAAUUUCACCCUACGGGCACGCCGGAGCCCAGUGUAGUUGCAGUAGUGCCAGCUUCGCGGACUUCUGACAGGAGCUGCAGCAGCAGUUCCACAAGCACCUCCUCCUCGUGUUCGAAGCAGGGCUUGAAUGCCAAUGCGCCCGAGUACGUGGCAGCGGGAGGUAAAUUCCUUGACUACAGUGUGUUUAACACUUUUGCAAGCAGUCCGUCACCGUCUGCCAAGCCUGUACCACCGUGCGGUAGCAAUCCUGGCUUGGAUGCCGCAAGUAGUCCACUGGUUGGGGGGCAGAACCAGAAGAGCGAUUUACCGUUGCCUCAAGCGCUCGAAGAUGGCGCAAGGACGAGCAGCACCGUAGUUACGUUGAAUGCGCAUGCUCCGGUGUUUACGCCAAACACAUCGCUGUCUGCGAACGCACCAGUGUUUACGCCAGGUGCUGCCACGACGGAAAUCUCCCUGGCAGAAUUGCUGGUAGGCGAAAGCGCAACCAAUGUAUCAGGAACUAACCCCAGUGACAGUGGCACCAUGAUGGCGGUAGGUACCGCCUCUGCAGGCGCAGCGGAACGAGAAGGAAAUCCACAGACACACAAAGAAAAAGAUGCUCGUCAUGAUGAGCAACAUUCAUCUAAGACUGAUGGAGCAGAUCACGCAGACGCAAGAGUGACCAAUGCGCAGCCAGCAAGAGAGACAGAGGUUCCGGGAUCAAAUGCCGAAGCUGCUUCGGGAACAACAUCAGGCAAUAACCUGUGCAGCAACGCCCGCGAAACUGCUUACCACAAUCGAACCACGGAGCUCGGUACUUUUGAAACGGUGGAGGAAUUCUUUCGGUACUACUGUUUCCUGCACCGACCAAGUGAGUUGAAGAAGGACCGGAGUCUCUCCUGCUUUCGACAAGGCCACCGUCCCGCGUGGGAGGACUACCCACAGGGAGGCUGCUGGAUCGUCCGCGUCAACCGGGUCCCUGGGGAAACGCAGGUAUGAAAAAUUUAGCGUGCUGUAACGAUUGCAGAGCUAGUACUUCUGCUACAUCAUGUCUGAUUUUUGGAUUUCCUCUCCGUAGAAGUGAUUGCCCUCUUAUCAUUUCCGCGCAUCUAUUUUCUUUUUCCUUUUCUUGUCUACAUGGCGUACGUAGCGUAAUCCGGUACAUCUUGUGCUUCCCUAUAAUUCAAACGAACUCGAAGAAAAAUGAAAAAAAUCUCACAGAAGUUGAACCGUAUGUGGGAGGCGCUUUUGUUCGCUCUUGUCGGGGAAGAGUUUGCCACCCCGGAGGUGGUUGGCUGCAUGGUUUCCACGCGAAAGGUGGACUUGUUGCAGCUGUGGGUGCGCCACUCCGCGGCGAAGAUGACCAUCGGGGAGACGCUGAAACAGGUUCUGGACCUCGACGAACACGCCUUGAUCGAAUACAAGGACCACGCAGACAGCAUCCAGGACAAGAGUACCUUCACAAACGCAAAAAACUACAUGUUCGUCGCGGACGACCCAGUGUACCAAUAAGAUUUUGAUAAAAUAAACAACGAUUAGCUCUGUAAAGAGAAAAACGCUACGACAACGACUCUGCUCACAGACACACCAGUCCGUGAGUUGUACAACGCUUAAUUUUGCUGCAGAGUGAGAAUUUAUUGGUUACGCUUGCAGCAUUAUCUACAUUUCUUCUGAAGACGAAAACCAACGACAAUUUGGGCACCAGCGAGAGCGACGCGUUGCAAUAAUCAACGAAAACGAAUCUAUGAUAUUUCUAAAUGCCUCCUCCUAGACAGUCAGAGUCAAGAUUCGCAGCUACGUUAUCAUGAAUUUAUUUAUCAUUCAAGAAAAAAUUAACGCUGGAGGAGAUAAUGGAAAGCCAAAGAGCGGUGGUGUACGUUCUGGCUUUGUCUUUGUCCUUUAACCACGGGAAAAUCGGAUGAAAAUCCAAUAUGGAAAAUUGAUAAAGUUCAUGAUCCAUCGUGGCGAUGGCGAAGUAGAAUGAAAGUGAAACCAAA